AUGCAGUGUCCGGGUAAUAACGGGAUGAAGGACCAGGUGGCAGCACUGCGCUGGGUACGUGAUAACAUCGCAUCGUUCGGUGAAAACCCGAACAGCGUGAAUUUCGGUGAAAGUGCUGGAGGUGGCAGCACUCACUUGCACAUGUUGUCCCUUGCAAGCAAAGGUUUAUUCCAACGCGCUAUCUCCAAGAGCGGUGUUGCUUCAAGCCCCUGGGCACUUACACCUCCAGGAAGACCGAAGUUACUGGCAGCAUUAGUGGCAAGUGUGUUUAACUGUCCCGUUCAGCCGAGCUCCGAGCUGAUCUCCUGCCUCAGAAAACAGGACGCCUACAAGUUAUACGGCGCGGAAUUUUCGAUUCCAUCUUCGACAAUUCCCCCUAUGGCGUUCAUUCCUGUUAUUGAGACCCAGGUGGGCGAGGGAGAUGAAGUAUUUAUCAAUGAGUAUCCGAUGAAGAUGCUUCUCAGUGAUAACCUGGAACUCGUGCCUUGGAUGGUGGGAAUUACAUCAAGAGAAGGAGGAGUUUUAUCAAAGAUUGAG